CAUUCAUUGAUAAAACUCAGGCUUUGUGUGUGUGUGCGUUUGAGGAUCUUUGUACAGUAUCGAUAUUAAUAAACACUGUUUUCAGUGGCUGUGAAGUGUCUCGACUACGUGACUUGCAACACGUCCCACCCAAGGCUGAUAUAACCUAUAAAUAUCAGAAUCAGGAAGCACAGCUCAAGGUUGUCAUCUGAGAGAGAGAGAGAGAGAGAGAGGUGAGAGCUACACAACCGAAGUCACAUUUAUUUACAUCGGGACCGAAUUGGUUCAAGAUAAUUACAGUUUUCUUUUUUGCUUUUAAGUUCUUUCUUUCGCUGGACGAACAGAACAGAAGUUUGAUGCUUCAAGUGAUCAUUUCUUUCGGGAUUCUUUAGGAUUUUUUUUUUUUUUUUUUGCAUCACCUGGACAUUUUGUGCUCACAUAAAGAUGACUGGUAUAUUUCAAAUGAUCAUGAAGAAGAAAGAGCUCAUCCCUAUAGUCGGGCUGAUGCUCUGUGCGGCCACGGGAGCCACUUCCACCGCCAUCUACUUCCUUCUGACCAAGAGCGAUGUCAUAAUCGAUAAAAGAAAUAAUCCAACUCCAUGGGAGAAUAUCGAUCCAACCAAACCUCAGAAGCUCAGGACCAUCAGCCAGGAGUGGAGGCCUUUGGAAGAGCUGGAGAUGCUGAAGAAAUACAAGUGAGCGAGUGACCUUGCUCCUUGACUUGGCGCCUAUCAAUCUCCCGGAAUCAUUUCUGCACAAACUCGGUACUGGAACAGUGUGCGGAAAUGCUUCUGGUACAUUUUUAGGACUUUAUCCCAAGAGCUUCAUUCAUCCUUCUCAGUCUUAAUUUCCCCUUGGAUCCAAUGCCAGUGGCUUCGCUCCACAGUUAAAGCACGUUGUCUCGUGGACCAAUGGGUUCUCUCUGAUGAUAAAAACACGUUUCAAAAGGAAGUGUCUUGUUUGUGGAAGAUUAAAUGGAAGAUUUAACACUGUUACAAAGUGUAUAAGUUCUUACAUGCUGUAAAAAAAAUGACAUAUAUGUAUAUAUGAGAGACAUAGACCUCUGUUAUUAAACUUGAAAAUUUAAUUU